AUGAACGGCAGCGUGCAGAGCAGAGUGCUGCUAAGUGACAGAAUGGAUAAACAGCUGGACCAAGUCACUCUGCAGCCCUUCUGGGACUUUGUCAAAUCAAAGGAGCCAUUCAUCACAUCACCUUACUUUCCAGUGCUGUUUUCCUUUACAGCUUACAUGACUUUCUGUCUUCCUUACAUUGCACUGGACUGCCUAAGCACUAAAGUACCAGCCUUGAGAAAAUACAAAAUCCAGCCUAUGGUUUAUCCAACUCUGGGAAUGAUGAUACCUUGUAUGAUUCAAUGUGUCUAUCACCACGUUGUCUUUAUCUUCCCAGUGACAAUUGCUCAUUGGUACUGGAGACCAGUGGAAUUUCCAGUAAUGGCUCCAGAGCUUCCGAAAGUCCUGCUGGAUGUAUCUGUUUGCCUGCUUCUCUUUGACUUCCAGUAUUUUCUGUGGCAUUUGCUUCAUCAUAAAGUGCCUUGGCUCUACAAGACUUUUCACAAGGUUCAUCACAAGCAUGUAUCUACAUUUGCUCUUAGCACACAGUACUCAAGUGUUUGGGAGUUACUUUCGCUGGGAUUUUUUGCUGCCAUAAAUCCAAAGUUGCUGAAGUGCCAUCCUUUGACAGAAACUAUUUUCUUCCUUGUUAAUAUCUGGCUGUCAGUGGAGGAUCAUUCAGGCUAUGAACUUCCGUGGUCAACAAACAGACUGGUGCCAUUUGGUUUGUAUGGAGGAGCUCCGCAUCAUGAUCUCCAUCACCUGAAGUUCAAAUGUAAUUAUGCACCUUACUUCACCCACUGGGACAGACUCUUUGGAACACUUGCUCCUACACGGUCACAACAGUAACAAGGAAUUUGUCUGUUACCUAGCAUAUGUGUGUGUAUAUAUAUUUAUGGAAUUGCAUAUGCAAUGUCUAUUUCUACUUGUUUAGAAACAAUGAUACAUUACAAGGAAAACACUAAGAGAUUCUCUCUGCCUUCUUUCCUUUGAAUAUGCCAGCUUUUAUAAAGCAUAUUGUGUUACUGUGUUUUCAACAUAGAGAGACAAAUAUUUUCUUGCUGUUAUAAGAUGACUUGUGAAAUGAAUAGAAACAAUGAACAGAUUUUCUUAGAAUUCUUAAUGUGCGUACAUGUUAUUUAAAAAAAAUUGCUGCUGGAUGGCACUACUUGUAUAAUCUGGUUCUGUGUUUCUUUGCAAAAAAAUUGGAUCUUUAUAUUUCAUACCUGAAUAUAUUUUUAAUUUUUGA